AGCGUCUCAGCCCUUAGCGCGGGCUGCGGGGUUUCUGCAAGUCAUCUGAGGCAGCGUCCCCCGCAGCGCGUUCCCCGCUCUCCCUUGGCCCCGCUCUCAAGGAACCCGAUCGGAUUUAUUUGGGAUUUUUGUGCUUUUUUUCCCCCCCUCUCCCCCUUCGUGCUGUGUGUGUUGUUUUCUCAUCACCUGCCACGGUUAACUUUUUUCGUGACUCGGUUUAACUCUCGAGAUCUACGUGAAUGUUGUUAAGAGCACUUUUCUUGCCUUUGCUGUCCCUUGCUGGGAUCGGAUCCGAUACUAUCUGGACUCUAUGUGCCUGUAUGUGUGCUCUGAGUGUCUUGAAAUCUUGCUUUCCUUUACAAGAGCUAUGCAUUAUUUGUAACCAAGGUAAGAGCUGAUGUUCUCACUGUCUCAUCUGCAUGUUUAAAUUAGAUGUUUGUUUGAAGACAAACUGUGCGUAUUCUUUAAACUGCAGGAUCACUCCGAGUCUUUCCAUUGAUUAGUAUUUCUGAAAGAGAAGGGGAACUUGGAAAAAUUAGAUAUAUUUAGCAGGAAGGCUACCAGCUUCCUCGAAUGAGUUGUUUUUCUCUAUUGCAAUUGCUGGCAUGCUUAAGAGGUUAAUUUGAAUCUUAUUUUGUUUUCCCUUUUAGAAGACCAGUGAAUUACCAUAGGCUGGGCUUGACCUUGAUUUUGAUGGCUUUGCUGGAAGAUCUGAUGAUGUGAUUGUGUUUCAUGAAGGGAUUUCUCUCCAGCCCCAAUGGCUUAGGAUAUAAGACACUUCUACCACACCAUUACUUAUGGACAAUUCAAAUAUUUUUUUGGGCAUACCUUUUGGGUUUUUUUUUCUCUUUCCUCACUUCCCCUUCCCCCUCAUUUCUCCUUAGUACUGGGAGCCUUAUUCUAGACUUUGAUGUGACUGACCAUCCUCCUGCUCCGUGCUGCUGUUUUCUUUCUUAAAGUACAAUGGCACUAAGUGGCAACUGCAGGACUUACCUCCCUGCCCGGGAGCAGGGCUCUGGGCUGCAAUCCUUCCCGGAGGUUGUGGAGCUAAAUGUGGGUGGCCAGGUUUACUUCACUCGCCACUCCACCUUGGUUGGCACCCCUCACUCCUUGCUGUGGAAAAUGUUCACCCCAAAAAGAGACACAGCCAACGAUCUGGCCAAGGACUCCAAGGGAAGAUUCUUCAUUGACAGAGAUGGUUUCCUUUUUCGCUAUAUUCUGGACUAUCUCAGGGACAAGCAAGUGGUUCUGCCUGACCACUUCCCUGAAAAGGGAAGGCUCAAGAGGGAGGCCGAGUACUUCCAGCUCCCAGACUUGGUCAAACUCCUGACUCCUGAUGACAGCAAGCAAAGCCCCGAUGACUAUUGCCACAGUGACUACGAAGAGGUCUCCCAAGGCAGUGACACGAGAAUAUGCCCCCCUCCAUCUCUCUUGCCAUCAGAUCGGAAGUGGGGAUUCAUUACCAUUGGGUACCGCGGGUCAUGCACUAUUGGCAGGGAGAGCCAAGCAGAUGCCAAAUUCAGGAGGGUCCCAAGGAUUUUGGUUUGUGGAAGGAUCGCUUUGGUCAAAGAGGUCUUUGGAGAAAGUUUGAAUGAAAGCAGAGAUCCAGACAGAGCUCCAGAAAGGUACACCUCCAGGUUUUAUCUCAAGUUCAAGCAUCUGGAGAGGGCUUUUGACAUGUUAUCUGAGUGUGGAUUCCACAUGGUGGCCUGCAACUCCUCUGUGACGGCGUCCUUUGUCAAUCAGUACACUGAUGACAAGGUCUGGUCCAGCUACACUGAAUAUGUCUUCUACCGUGAGCCGUCCCGCUGGGCCUCGUCUCACUGCGACUGCUGCUGCAAGAAUGGCAAAGGCGAGAAGGAGGGUGAGAGCGGCACAUCCUGCAACGAGCUGUCGACGUCCAGCUGUGACAGCCAGUCGGAGGGCAGCUCCCCACAGGAAACCGUCAUCUGCGGCCCCGUCACGCGACAGCCCAACAUCCAGACACUGGACCGCCCGGCCAAGAAGGGCCCCGUGCUGCUGCUGCAGCACUCUGAGAGCCGGCGCAAGAGCGACCUGCUGCGGACGCUCACCUCGGGCUCCCGUGAGUCCACCGCCGGCAAGAAGAAGGCAGUGAAGGAGAAGCUCUCCAUCGAGGAGGAGCUGGAGAAGUGCAUCCAGGAUUUCCUCAAGAUCAAAAUCCCAGACAGGUUUCCAGAAAGAAAGCAUCCCUGGCAGUCGGAACUGCUGCGGAAGUACCACCUAUAGGUGGGAUGAUUCCCGUUGCUGUUACAGUGGGAUCCGCAGUGAUACGGAAAUAAUUCCCGAUAGUAAUUAUGUGUUAGGUCACAAAAAAACAAUCCAUCUCUAUAGAACUGCCUAAUUUGCCUAUCUCACCUUAAUCAUUUAUAGUCGUAGGGUAAUGAUAUUUUUCCAGUUGUGGAAGCACAAUGACAAAUGUUUUUCUUUGUCAACUCUGAGUCUUACACAAGCAGAGUACCUUAAGGGCACGCAGGGCCGGCAGUGCACCCUGCUUUGCUCUCUGGGGGUGUGCAGCUCCGUGCCUGGGGGCAGCAGGGCUUUUGGGAGCACUGUGCCAGGACAGCAUUGCCUUCAGCGCCUGGGUGUGGGUGUGCAUAGAUAUAUAUGUGUGUAUAUACAUCUCCGUGUGUAUAUAUGUGUAUAUAUAUCAGAAUACAUUGCUGGCAGAUUGGCUCCCUCCUGAUCACUGCAGUUUCUCAGGAAAGAGCACUGUCAGCUGCAGUGGAUGGUCGGCUCUUUGCAGUCUCUGAGGGCUGCAGCAGAACCCCCUGGCUCUGUCUCUUUCUCCCUUCCCCUUUCUGAGGCACCAUGAAUGCAUUUCCCCGCAGACAGGGACAGGGCUCUCUGUAGCUGUGUUCCAUGUGGUUCUGGUGCUGUCUCUCCAUUGUCCCUCGCCCCUGCUGUGCCCCCAGGCUGUGUGGGGGCCAUGGGCUCAGCCCAUGCUGGUGGCGGGGCAGGCACAGCAGGCUCCCAUCUGGUAUGGAAGCAAAUGCUGGAGAUGAUCGGCCUAAUGAGACGGGCUUAAUGCUCUGACUGGAAGGGAAUGGGUCUCUGGGUCAGCAGCUGUGUGCAUUCCAGAGAACUGGAAAUGAACUGCAUGGAGUGUCCUAGGGGCUG